AUGGGUCAAGAGGGGAAGAAGGAGGAAUGGACUGAUCAAGAGGGGAAGAGGGGGGGUGUCGACUCCGGUGAUGGGUUUAUGGUGUCUGUGAUUAAUGCUGAGGUUGUAGGCGACGAGGGAAACAGAGGCGACGGCAAGGGGUUUUGGGAGUGGGAGAACGAUGAAAGAAUGGUGUCUGUUGGAGCGGGGAGAAAGGUCAGAUUAUGUCGGAUUAGAUGGAGGUGGGCUGGCGAACGGGUUGACUGA